AUGGACCAAAGCAUAAACAAACCAAAUGUGUCGUGUUAUGGAUUAAAUAUACAUUGUAUAAACUUAUCUUUUCAGAUCCUACUGAAGAGCAGAGCUGUAUUUGGGUUUUUCAGUCGUGAUAACGUGGAAUGUGGCCCUUAUGGUUUUGUUUGCGACGGAAUAUCAAAAGUAAGAUUAUGCGAUGGUGAUAAAUUACUAGGACCCACUUUUCUCUGCCCAGCUAACACCAUUUGCAAUGAGGAGUCUAGUGAUCUGUGCGAGAAUGUUAUAAACUAUAUUGAUUCUUCUAUUACCAAGAACGUUCGGUGCCAUCGCAGUGAAAGAUUAGCUGAUCCAACUGUCCCUAAUUGCAAAGGCUACAUUCUGUGCAUUCCUAACAAAAAUCGCUUUCAGGGUAUCAAAUUUAAAUGUUCAGGAAAUACUAUAUUUAAUGGUUAUACUCGCGCGUGUACCUCUCCGGAAAAAUACAAAUGCCCACUAGUCAACACAACGAAGACCAAACCCCAAUUAUAUGGUGAAUAUAAUACAAAGGCGAAUACAUAUCGCGACAAUAGUUUCCAGAGCUCGAAUGCUGCUGGUCAUAGACCUAUAGAUUGCAAAAACUACAAAUUUACGUUAACUCAAGAUACUAGUCCUGUUCGAUCCACAUACUUUUGCCCUUCAAAACCGGUAAGUGGCGAAAAUUCUAUUCGAUGCACUGUAUUUUCUAAUCAUUUUUGUAUGACCCUAGAAAAGGAUGUCGAAGAUCAAUUCAUUCAAAGAACAAGUGCGGCAUAUCGGAUGCCACGGAAGUUUCUGGCCGGUCAGCAACAAUAG